AUGAGAUUGCAUGUAGGGCUGCUUAAAACCUUCUGGGCAGAAGCUAUAAACACUGUUGCCUACUUGAUAAACAAGGGACCCUCUAUUCCUCUUAAAUUCAUAAUUUCUGAAGAAGCCUGGAGCAAUAAAAAGCUCAAAACCCUCGCAUCUUCACUCACUGAAGCAAGUACGUACAAUCUUCUUCUCUUUGUUUUUCCUUUCGAUUACCUCUCUGAUCCGAUUACAGUAUUCAUCGCUCUUAUUUCUCAUUCCAGAAACUGCAAGCUGACUGUUUCUGUACGGAAAAUGGAAACCCUAGAAGACGAAAAACGGCAAGAUACGGUCGAUUUAGAUAUGAAACCAGCUCAAGAGUUGGUGGAGAAGCCAGAUCAAGGCAAAGAGAAGGACACGGAAGAGAAAGAAGAGGCGAAGGAAGGGGAAAACAUGGUGGAAGAAGAAGCGGCGAAGGAAGUGGAACAGAAGGAAGAAGGAGCGGUUAAGGAAGGGAAAUACGUCGAGGAAGAAGCAGAGAAGAGAGUGGAGGAUGUUGAAAUAGCUGAGGCUGAGAAAGUAAAGGAGGGAUCUGAAGUGAAUGCGGAAGAGAAUAGUGAAAAUGAAGAGAAGAAGGUGAAGAAAGUUCGUAAGAGGAGAUCUGAGAAGACAACUAAAUCACCGGCUUCAGACAAGGAAGAGCCUGUUACGCCUAAUGAAAGGCCAACACGGGAAAGGAAGACGGUUGAACGCUAUUCAGCACCCCAAUCAUCAAGAAGUGCGACUAAGGGGUUAUCAAUUGAGCAGGGUAAAGGCACACAUCUUAAAGAUAUACCCAAUGUGGCUUACAAGUUAUCAAAGAGAAAGCCUGAUGACAAUUUGCAGGUUCUUCACUCAAUCCUGUUUGGAAAGAAAACAAAGAUACACACAUUAAAGAAAAACAUUGGCAACUUUUCUGGCUAUGUGUGGAUUGAGAACGAGGAAAAGCAAAAGGGUAAGAUUAAGGAUAAACUUGACAAAUGUAUUAAGGAGAAGCUAUUGGAUUUCUGCGAUGUUCUUAACAUUCCAGUUAAUAAGACUUCCACUAAGAAGGAGGAACUUUCAAUAAAGUUGUUGGAAUUUUUGGAAGCUCCAGAAGCUACCACUGAUACCUUGCUUGCUGAAAAAGAACAGAGAAGCAAAAAGCGAAAGGCAAGGGUGGCAAAGAGAUCUCGUGAGAGGCCUUCAAAGAAGAAGAAGAAGGAAACUGAAACUGAUGACAAGGAGGAACAAGUUCCUGAAGCAGAGGAAGAUGAUGAAGAAGAUGAGGAUGAUGAUGAUGUAACUCUGCCUUUAGACACCAAAUCUGGUUCUGAGGAUAUGGAUGAGGAUGAGAAGGUUCACGAGCAAGAAAGUGAUGAAGAGACUAAGUCUGAAGAUAAGGAAGAGGGAGAAGAAGAAAAACCUAAAAAGAAGGUUCCAUCUGAGAAAAAAUCAACUAAGAAGUCUGUGAAAGAGUCUGGGAGCAAAGAAAAGGAGGAUAAAUCUGUAAAAUCCCCCAAAAUAUCUACCAGUGUUGCGAAAAAGAAGCGUGCAAGUGAUUCUGUGGAGGCUUCUGGAUCAGCUGCUUCAAAACAGAAGGUGGUCUCAGCAAGUAAGAGCAAAAAAGUUGAGAAGGAAAAGGAAAAACCAGUGAAGGAGAAAGGCAAGUCGUCGUCAAAGGAUCAAGAAAAAGGAAAACGAAAGGUUGGAAAGAAGUCUAAACCAGAACCCAGCAGAGAAGAAAUACAUGCAGUUGUUGUAGAUACUUUGAAGGAAGUUAACUUCAAUACGGCAACUUUGGCAGAUAUUAUCAAAUUACUAGGCAAACAUUUUGAGCUAGAUCUUUUGCAUAGAAAAGCCGAGGUGAAGGAGAUAAUCACUGAAGUCAUAAACAAUAUGACAGAUGACGAAGAAGAUGAAGACGAGGAAGAAGAAGAAGAUGAUGAUCAAGGAGAAUCCAAUUCUGCCGACGAGAAAGAUGAUGAUGAGAAGGAUGAUGAUGACGACGACGAUGAUGGAGAAGACAAGUGAUCGGCUGAUCUGUAGACUUAACCGUUAGAUUAAUAUCUUGAUAUGUUGUUAGCAGCUAUAUUUGAAACUGUUUUUGUACUGUUUUUGUUUCACAUUUUGUUAUAGAUUGUAAUCUUAUUUAGUUACCUUUCUUGUUUAACUAUUGUUGGUGGGUUCUAUAUGAAUUUUUAAGCUGAUUUUCUGUAUAAAUAGUCAAAUGCUAUUUAUUGAAUAACAAUA